AUGAAAUACACGACAGGUGACAUUUACGAAGGUUAUUUUAAGGAUGGCAACCCACACGGACAUGGUAUUAAAAAGCAAGGAGAUUUUACUUCGUCAUCAGCGACCAUUUAUACGGGGGAGUGGGUCAAUGGGGUCAAGCAAGGUUAUGGAGUCAUGGAUGAUAUUGGAAAAGGGGAGAAGUACUUAGGAAAUUGGAGCGAUAAUAAGAAACAUGGGUGCGGUUUGAUCGUUACCUUGGAUGGGAUUUAUUAUGAAGGUCUUUUCAUGCAGGAUGUGUUGACGGGUCACGGAGUCAUGGUAUUUGAAGAUGGAACGCACUACGAAGGCGAGUUUCGAUCAGCUGGCGUGUUCUCAGGCAAGGGAAUACUAACCUUCUCCAGUGGAGAUAAGAUCGAAGGUAGCUUGAGCGGCGCGUGGACUGAAGGCGUCAAGAUUUCAAACGCUACCAUGCAACUGAAUGUUUCGAACCCAGUGUUGCCAAUGAAUUCUAAACCUAAUUCAUUCGGAAAACUAAGUGUAGCUCCUAACCAAAAGUGGAAUGCCCUCUUUCGUCAAUGCUUCCAAUGUCUUGGUGUCUCAGAAUCCAUUCUGACCCCAACCGGUAACCAUUUUGCAAAUGGCCCCUCCGGUCCAUCCAUAGACAACGUCAAAAUCUGGCAGAAUGUCGCCGUCGCCAUAUCCUGUUCGCAUAAAGAAAGAAACAAAAUGUCUAUGAAGAAGAAAAGUAAUGAUUUAGAGAAGUCUGUGGACUGUUUGGAAGUUAUUCCGCAGUUUGGACAGAAAACACUUAAUUUGGAAAGUUAUACGGAGUUGCAGCAAUAUUUGUAUAAUGCCUGCGAAUCAACCCACCAUCCACUAGGUCAGCUCGUCCUCGGUCUAACAAACGCCUUCAACACCACAUACGGAGGAGUUCGAGUCCACCCCUUACUCCUGAGUCAUGCUGUAAAGGAACUCAAGAGUAUAACGGCUCGACUGUACCAGGUCGUAAGGCUCCUGUUCCCUGCCUUACCUCCUGAAGGUUCUGAUGCUGUUCUGCCUUAUAAGAAGAGGGAGGAUGGUCAGGAAGAACAUGCUGACAGUAAUCCUAUUGAUGGCGAGGUGGUGUCGGCGGCGUCCCUGCUGCAGCCAGCGCUGCUGCCGCGCGCGCACCCCGCGCUGUUCGUGCUGUACGCGCUGCACAACAAGAGGGAGGACGACCUCUACUGGAGGCGACUACUCAAGUGGAACAGGCAGCCUGAUCUCACGCUCAUGGCGUUCUUGGGAAUUGAUCCAAAAUUCUGGGUAGGCUACACCUGUCCCAACAACCAGUUGUCCCCCACGUCGCCACUCAAAGAGCAACUGUUCCAAGAAGCAGUGGAGACGCUGCAACAACUCAAAACCACCUUCUCACCGAUUGAGAAGCUUCUCGUUAUCAGGAGCACCUUCCAGAAGAUGACUAUUGCUGUACAACAGGAGUUGGGUUCAAACUACCUCUGGAGUAUGGAUGAGUUGUUCCCAGUGUUUCACUUCGUGGUAGUGAGAGCUCGGAUCCUACAGCUCGGCUCCGAGAUACAUUUCAUUGAAGACUUCCUCGAGCCGGCCAUGCAACACGGAGAGUUGGGACUCAUGUUCACCACUCUUAAGGCAUGUUACUUCCAAAUACUACAAGAGAAGAUGUCGAUCAACUAA